AUGGAAAAAAGACUUACAAGAGAUCUGCAGCAUGACACAAAAGGUCCAGUUCCUACCAAGUUAAUGAAUCUUGUGGAAGCAAGUUUUGAGGUUAAGGGAGUUGAAAAGUUGGAAACUCAGUGGUGCUCUACACUAAAUUCAUCACCAAGAAGCAAAGGAAGGAAAGGUGAACACAUCUUCCUAGACAGUUCAACACCAUCAUUGCUUUCUAAUCAACUCCUAUCUCCUGGGGCUAAGAUGACAUUAAUGGUUCGAGCUAUACUCCCACCGAUUAUACCACCUUCCUAUAAGGGUUCUACUCUACGUUACCAUUACUAUAUAAAGAGCACGUUAAGCGGAAGAUUGAUGGCAUUGGAAAACAGUCAAUUUUACAAAGAGCCAACAAAAGAGUUCAUCGAAGUGAACACUCGAGUCCCAAUUCAAGUAUGGGCAGAUCCGAAAAAUAACGGGUUGCUUUUAGAGGAAAGUCAAACCAAUGGGAUUGUUCCACCCAAUACCAUUCAGACAGAAAUAUACUGGAAAGAGAUGGAUGGAGACUCUGAGUGGAUAAGAGCAAAUGACGCAUAUGAUGGUGCUGAGGAUGGCUAUGACAGUUCACGCGAUGAGAUCUCCUCUGUUUCUUCCUAUCUCAACAAAGAAAAUCUAAACAGAACUUUUGGCAGUUCAUCGUCCUUUAAUUCUGGACCACGAUUAUCAAUGAAAGGCACGUCAUAUUUUGACGAAGGUGUCGGAUCAUCUCCGAAAGAGAUGGUUUCUCAGUUAUCAGCUGCUAUGGUGUCUUAUGACUCUGGACCUGAUGGCUUUUCUCCUGGUAAAUCAUCAGAUUCCGUGAUUCCUCGCCAACAACUCAAGCAGGCAAAUGGCUCAGUUGCAUCUCAUUCACCUGAAGCUGGAGCUGGAGAAUCAUUUCCAUCAGAAAGAUUUACAAGAGGAAAAUCUUACAACAUCAGAAUGGAUGACCAAGUGCUUCUUAGAUUUCCCCCGAAGACCACGGACUCUACUUAUUACAUCAGCGAUAACAUUGGUGGUACUCUUACUUUCUUCCAUGAAGAAGGAGCUAGGCGAUGCCUGGAGGUCUCGGUUACACUGGAAACUUCAGAAACGAUAAACAGGAGAUUUGUUCAUUCGUCUAGGAGAAACUCCCCAACGCAUACUAAGGCCCAAAGCGAUCACCAUGAAGUGGUGGCAGACCUUAUUCAAACAAGCUUCCUGUUUUCGAUUCCCACGGAUGGUCCAAUGUCGUUUACAACACCCCGUGUUUCUGUGAAAUGGAUUCUUCGGUUUGAGUUCCUAAUUACCCCGAAAGAUGUGGACUUGAGCAGGUAUGAACAUCCUUUGUUAAUACGGGAAAGGGAAAAAUGCGAAUGGGUUCUUCCGAUCAUGGUACAUGCACCGCCACCCCUAACAUCAUCAGCUGCUCAAAACCGAGGUGGUAAGCUCUUUAGUUUGGAGCCUUCUUGGAUUCGUAGCUAA